AAUUGAGUUUGUUUAUCUCGGUCGACUCGGGUUGAAGAAAAUCGUUCCGCGAAAAGUGCUAACUUUUGCUGAUGAAGAAAAGUACGGGAAAUUUCGCGAUGUUCUGUGCCAGCAGAUUGCGACGUUGUUUGUGCGACUUUUUGCGGUGAUGACCCGAGACGGAAAAACGCAAGCAGUGCCAGUCGAGUUCAAGAAGCUACCGGCGGUCCGAGCAGUCUGGGGUUUACAAUGGAGAAGAAGUCGCUCUGCUGGGGCGAAGUUAACAACAAAAGCGUUCCGAUCGAAGUGUACGAGAUCAGAGGAGAAAACAUCGGUUCCAGUGGCAGCCCUGGGACGCAGCAACAGCAGAAGAAUCUGACCAGAACAGUACAGCAGCACAGCACAGAACAGUGUCAGCGUCGCAGACGGCAACAGUCGUCCACAGUACAGUACGGCCAGCAACAGACCAACAGCAGCGACAGUAAGAAACACAACAUCUACUGUACCACGGGGAGAACUCGGACUCCUCCACCGGCGGAGGCUGGGAGGCCUCCGCACACCAGGGAACGGAACUUCCCUCGGACAUCACUGGUACUGGACUGCCAACGGUCUUAGUCCAUUCUACUGUAUCUGCAGUCGUCGCAAUUUAAUGUAAGGUAACCUAUGUGUUGGUCCGUUAAACUGUCCUGGAGUCAGGAAUGUUCGUGCUCGUCAUUUUGGAAGUUUUGUGUUUGUAUGUCUGUGUGCAUAAGUCGUGUUCUAAAAGAUGCACCCCUUUUGGAAUCUUUGCGAGAUGGACGAGCACAGCAAGCGCAGCGAGCGCAAAUUCAAGUUCAGCUCUACAGUGAGCGCACGCAAACUACGGUCGAGAAAUCCCGUAGUACAUCCUCGGUGGAAC